AUGAAAAGAGCAAUUGGAAAUCCUCUGACACAACUGCUACCACUAUUAUCAGGAAAUUGUAACCAAAAUAGCUUUAUACAGCCUACUUCGUCUCCAGCAUCAAGUAUACCUUUUCUACCUCAAGCUGCAAGCUACAAUGGACCUUAUUCACAACAGCUACCAGGUUAUAAUGUACCCAAUUUACCACAGGCGGCAAAUAAUAACAAUCUACUGCAACUUCUGAAUCAAAAUCAAAUGUCUCCAGAUAAAUGUUUUUGUAAUAAAUUACCACAAAAUCCGAUAGUUGGUGGUAUAAAAGACAAUGCAAUUAAUCAACUUUACGCUAAUAAAAUAAUGACAAAUCCAAUGUUCCAACGUAUUUUAGGACCAAAUGCAAAACCUAAUCAAAAUGGAGUUGAUUCUUUAACAGAGUCUAUUAAUGUACCUAAUAAUGAUGUAGUACCUAAUAUUAUAAACAAUUAUUAUAUCUUACCUCCGGAAUAUUUGGAAGCAAUUGAACAAGAUUUGAAGAAGAACCUUAGAAGUUCAAAACGAUAUCAAAGGGAAGAAAAUACGAAACAUACAAGUGGAAGAAUAAUAAGUUCGGUAAAUAAUAACAGGAAACCGUCUGAGAGUAACAGAUCAAAAAAGAAAAUUACAAACACACGACAUCACGAUAACCCAUUAGAAAUAAAGCCUAAACACAAAAAUAGAGACAAUGGCCAGAAAGAAAGAGGCGGCACUCGGAAAUCUGGAAGAAAAGAGAAAAAUGAACAUAUAGAAAAUAAGAGAAGUAAGGCAACAAACGACACAGAUAUUAAUGAAUAUUUUGAAAAAAAUAUAAAUAAAACAAAUCCUAUUAAAAAGAAUAAUGAAUUAUCAAAUGAAACCAAUAAUACCAAAAAUAAUAAAGGAGAUAAUGAUCUAAAAAGUAAUUUCAGUAAAAAUAGAGAUGAAUCUAUAAUUAAAGAUAUCCAUAGAAAAUUUCCUGGUAUUCCAGAAGAAGUAAUCAGAAAAUUAAUAUCAUAUUUGAGACGUCAAUAUCAAAAUCAACAGCUGGGUAUACAAGAUUCUUCAAAAAAUACCAGGUUCUAUAAAACUAAUAAGAAAAACAAUAACAAGGAUGAAAACAGAAGUAAAUCACAAAACUCUAAUGGAAAAAAUAAGGAACAUAUAAAAGACAAAAAUAAAAUAAAUACUACUAUGCCUAAUAGCGAAAUAUCUGAUCCAGGUUAUACUACUACAGAUGUAAAUUUAUUACAAUCAUCAAUAUCAACAACAACGGAACGAAUUACAAAGUUUGAUAAUACUGGUAAAAUUACGAAUAUCACAAACAAAAAGACGACUAGUACUAAUAUGACAGAUUUAUUUCCAAAAAAUAAAUUGAUAGAUGUAUUAGUGACUACACAAAUACCAAACGUACAUAAAACUUUACAACCAGUUUUAAUCGAGACCACUACUGCUUACAAUUUAGAACCUAAAAUUCCAAAUCUAGGUGAAGAAGAUACGAUCAAUGAAAUAGAAAAUUUUGUGGAUGAUUAUUAUCCAAAUUUUAUUGCUGACAAUAAGUAUAUAGAAAGCAAUGAAGACAAUUUUAGAAAUAAUAUGGAUAAUAAAUUUCUUGUUACACAUAACACUGAAACAUCUACAGCCAUAGCUGAACGUGACGAAAAUAUAACUAAUCCAAUAACUGAAAUUAGUAUAGAUUUUAAUGAUUACACAGAAAAUACUAUUUUUCAAACACCACCUGUUUUGGAAAACCCUAACUUCGAAACGAAACCAGUAGAUAGAUCUACAAAAAUAGAUGAUCAACAUUAUUACGAGCAUGAAUUCAAAAAAGACAACGAUGAAGUUAUACGAAUUUAUUUAGGAAAUCCAAAUGACAAGCUCUCAUCUUAUUCUGAUACAAAAUCGAGUAAAUACAACGAUUCGAAAUAUGUGAAAGUUUCUACUAAAAAACCUACAAAUAUAGAAACUGUAUUUGCUAAGUCGAAGGUUGUAAAAUACGGCCAAAAUGAAGAUCAUUACGAGGAAGAGACUACAACUGUAAAAUAUAAUUUACCGCUGAUCAAUAGACCUGUACUUGUGUUUGCGAAAUCAAUACCAUCUGGAGAUGUUUAA